AUGCAGCAAGGUUACCCAGUUAUGGCUCAACCAACCAAUUACCGGACCAGAAAUACAACUGUAGUUGUGAAUCAGCCAGCACCCAUCGUGUUUCAGCAGGGAAUGCGAGACUGGAGCUCUGAUCUGUGCGGAUGCUGCGAGGACUGCUACUCUUGUGAGUUAAACAAUUUUAAGGUGUCUCGCAAACGAAAGGAAUCGCAAAAUUAAAGAAAAGAAGAGAAAAGCUCAGCCAGUGUCAUCGACUUUUCUUGCCCCUAUGCUUUUGGCGACUAUUUCACUCUCGUUCCCAGAUCCCUUUCUUCUCUUUAAAACGUGGGUUCACGGAGAUGAAUACGCUCUAGUCUAUCGUAGUCAUCGUGGUGCUCGCUGUGCAAGCGUAGAAUCUCAAAUCUAUAUAAAACACAUAUAAUUGUGUUUGCCGUUUUUAUAAAUUGUUAUAGGUCAUUUUUGGAAUAUCGUAAAAAGGCUUUUACUGCUCGUACGAUAAACAGUAUGUUCCCGAUUUGUUUUCUUGUAGUAUGUAUGGGAUUGUUUUGUCCAUGUAUUUUACUCUGUGAUGUGUCCCAGAGAAUGGGUGAAGGUUGUUGCUUUGCGACGUGUUGUCCUGGAGCUUUGUUGGGGCUGAGGAUCAAACUCAGGGCACAACAGAACAUUCAGGUAAAUUUCGUCUGUGUUCGUUCUAGAUUUACGCAGAUUCUGAAUGUUAUAGUAUACAAAAGGUAAUCUGCGAUCACACACUCUUCCAUACCUCUUACCCUCGCCUAGAGGGUGUUUAUCAAGAAAUGCUUUCAGCAGCAAUUGCUGGAGAACAUUCUUACAUCAAAAAUUCUUUAAUAACUCUCAAGGGUUUGAACUAGACUUGACUUAAUUCAAAAGACUUGAAACUUUUAUUUUCAGGGCUCCCUGUGCAAUGAUUACUGCGUGGUUCAAUGCUUACCAACAUGCGUGCUGUGUCAGCUGUCACGUGAGCUGAACCACAUGGGAUUGAGGCAGUGAUUUUGUCACCAAAUUCCGUGAAGAUAUACAUUGAUUAUAAGAGUGUUGUAGAAAGAGUCUUGCUAACUUUUUUUAAGCCUGAAAAGCUAAUUUUGCAUGGUUAAGAUGAAGUACUUUCUAAAGAAUUUAGGAAGAACGUUGUAGGAACUGCAUUUAAUCUUUGAUAAAAUAGAACUGUUGAAACUCUCGUUAAAAUGUGAUAAUCGAACGAAAUAAAGCUUAACUUUAGUUUACCAGGCAAUAGAAGACAGAAGCUAUGACAGCAUAAGGAAAAGACACAUCUGACAAGAACUUUAUGUUACAAUAAUUUUGUAAACCGUUUGUAAAAAUAAAGCACCGGGUGACACCGA